CGACCUUCUCCAGAGACAUCCAAAUACCGAAUAGCGGGAGCGAGAUCGAGCGAGAAGAGAGAAACAUGAGUGGGAGAGGGAAGGUGGUGUGCGUGACCGGUGCGUCCGGCUUCAUUGCUUCCUGGCUCGUCAAGCUUCUCCUCCAGCGCGGAUACACCGUGCACGCCACCGUCCGGGAUCUUGCUGAUUCGAAGAAAACCGAGCAUUUAUGUGCCUUGGAAGGAGCUAAUGAAAGACUACACCUAUUUAAAGCAAACUUGUUGGAAGAGGGCUCUUUUGAUUCAGUAGUCAAGGGGUGCGAGGGUGUAUUUCAUACAGCAUCUCCUUGCUAUGGAAAUGCCAUAGAUCCACAGGCAGAGUUAAUUGACCCAGCAGUGAAAGGGACACUCAAUGUUCUCAGUUCCUGCGUCAAAACUCCUUCUAUUAAAAGGGUGGUUGUGACAUCAUCCACGGUUGCUGUUGAAUAUAAUGGAAGACCACGAACACCUGAUGUUGUAGUUGAUGAGACAUGGUUUUCAAGUGCAGAGUUUUGUAAGCAGGCAAAGUUGUGGUAUGAGCUCUCAAAGUCAUUGGCAGAGGAGGCUGCUUGGAAGUUUUCAAAGGAUAAUUCUAUCGACAUGGUAACAAUACAUCCAUCAAUGGUCAUAGGUCCUAUCUUGCAACCUACUUUAAAUGGGAGUUCUGCUAGAUUCCUGAAGUUGAUAGAUGGAUCUUCUACAUAUUCAAAUAUAAGUCAUGGGUGGGUCAAUGUCAAAGAUGUUGGCAUGGCACAUAUCCUUGCAUUUGAGGUUCCUUCAGCAAGUGGAAGAUAUUGUUUAGUUGAAAGAGUUGCUCACCAUUCAGAGGUUGUGAAGAUUUUGCGUGAACAAUAUCCCGCUCUUAAACUACCAGAAAGGUGUGCAGAUGACAAGCCCUUUAUGCCGAUAUACCAGGUCUCUAAGGAAAAGGUGAAAAGCUUAGGUAUUGACUAUAUUCCUCUAGAGACAAGCAUCAAGGAGGCUAUUGAAAGCUUAAAGAAGAAAGGAUUUGUUAGUUUUUAAAAAUUAGCAGUUGCAAAAUGGAACUCACCCCAAUUAGUUGGGAUGAUAUUAUGAAGACAUAAUAAGGAACUGUUGUUUGAGUAUAUUUAGAACUAUUAAGGAUAUAAUUAAGCUCUACCAAAAUAUGAGAACUUUCAACUUUGCUUUAUGUAAUUGUGUAACUUUGUUUGUUACAGAGACAUUUUGAAGUAGUUAUAAAAGUCUAUUAUAUUUUGCUAA